GUUGGCCUUUUGGUUGUUCACUGUUUUCUGCAAGUCCCCUUUCCCUCCCCACUCUUUGGAAAAUGGCCGCAUUGUCCCGUACUUUGGUUUCGAGCGUUGCUCGUCGUUCGUACACCCCUGCUUCCGUUCCCGCAUUGAAGCAAAUGUUCCACGUUUCCACUCGCUCCGAGAAGGAAGAAGACAACCAACGUUCCGCUGGUGGUCUUUUGAACCGUUCUAAUGCUGCCGGUUCCUCGAACAACAUGACCGUCCGUUACAACCACACCACGACCGUUCCUGAUUUCUCAAAGUACAAAAAGACACAGACUGGUGGUGACAGCAGCCGUGCUUUUGCCUACAUGAUGGUCGGUACCACCAGUUUAAUCAGUGCGGCUGGUGCUCAGGCCACCGUCAGCGAUUUCUUGGCCAACAUGUCCGCAUCGGCUGAUGUGUUGGCUUUGGCCAAGGCCGAAGUUGAUUUGGCUUCCAUUCCCGAAGGAAAGAACGUCACCAUCAAGUGGAGAGGAAAGCCCGUUUUCAUUCGUCAUCGUACCCAGGACGAAAUUGCCGAAGCCAACCAAGUCAAUGUCCAAGAACUUCGUGAUCCUCAACAGGAUGCCGAACGUGUGAAGAAGCCCGAAUGGUUGGUCAUGUUGGGUGUAUGCACUCAUUUGGGUUGUGUUCCUAUUGGUGAAGCUGGUGACUAUGGAGGCUGGUACUGCCCUUGCCACGGUUCCCAUUAUGACAUUUCUGGUCGUAUCCGUAAGGGUCCUGCCCCUCUCAACUUGGAAAUUCCCGAAUACAACUUCUCAGAUGAUAAACUUAUCAUCGGUUAAACACCGUAUAUACACACUUCAGUCAUCUUGUUUUCUCACUAGACAAUAAAUUAUCAACC